ACACUAUCGUCACUAUACAUUUUGGUGAUAUAAUUUUACCAGCCUCGAACCGAACAAUAAUUUCAGUCCAUAAAAAACCGUAUGACAUACAACAGGGAUAUCGAAGCGAAGUCAAAUUCAUAAGCAGUGCUUUCCUAGUGUUUAUUUGUGGGAGAUCGCUUAGCAACUGUUUUCUUAGUCAAUCAGUGAAGCUCUCUGACCGUCGACUGCUGGACUUGUGUCAAGGAGGAGUCUCAAAGAAGCCAUUUUAGUUGAGGAAGGAUGCGGUUUUUGGAGCGAGACCAAUUCAUUUCAGUUGCAGCUAUUCUUGUUGUGGUGCUCCUCCAUAUUGAGAAGGGAGCUUGCGACUCAAUUUGUCCCAGUGGUAUUAAAAAUAUAACAGCUUCAAGUGGUGUACUGGCAUACCCCAGCUCAGGCGAUUAUGGUAUAAACGAGACAAAGUGUUGGGGGAUUGAAGUUCCCGACACUUAUCAAGGCAUUUAUUAUUUUUUUAACAGGCUUGACAUAGAAAUAUGCGAAGGUUGUGAGUGCGACGGUCUCCAGAUCGUGCGAUCUUCUACGUACAGCAGUCUGGCAUCUAACACUGGAACAUGUGAACGACUCAGCGACAACUAUCUGGAAUAUCGAAAUCCAAAGGGAGAUUUUGAAUCUGCAACAAGGAUGUACGUCCGUUUUGUGUCGGAUGACACAGUUCAUCGCAAAGGAUUUAACCUCUCCUUUGUCGCUCAAUCUUACGCCGGAGGUAAAAUAUCCUACCUAAAUGCAACCGAAGACGAAACCAUUGACUUUGGAACACCAAAAGUUGGUAUCAAGAAUUAUCCUGAAAAUUACAAACAACAGUGGGUUUUAAUUGUCCCUGAAGGACGGCAGGUCCAGAUAGACUUCGAUAUUUUCGAACUGGAGGAAAGUGAGAAAUGCAAAUACGACUACCUUGAGAUCCGAGAAGUCGACCCUAAAAUGGGGGAAUAUCAAGGCCCAAUCCUGACUGGACGGCUGUGUGGCAGUACCUUGCCGAGCACCAUUCAGAGUGCAGGGAACUUAGUUUGGGUGCAGUUCAUGAGUGAUAGCAAUGCUACCACUGUCUACAAAGGAUUCAAGGCCUCAUUUAAAGCAGACUAUCGCUCUGGUUCCGAGUACGAGUGGUUUUUAAUUGUCCCUGAAGGGCGACAGGUCCAGAUAGACUUCGGCAUUUUCCAACUGGAGGAGAGUGAGAACUGCAAAAACGACUACGUUGAGUUCCGUGAAGCCGCCAUUGAUAAGAGAGACCCAGGAGAUCUAGAAGGAUACCGUGGUCCAAUCCUGACCGGACGCCUGUGCGGCAAUAGAAAGCCGAACACCAUACAGAGCACUGGGAACAUGGUUUGGGUGCACUUCGAGAGUGACUACAACUCUACCACUGUCUACAAAGGAUUCAAAGCCUCAUUUAAAGCAGGUCAGGGAAGAUUGUCAGUCAGCAAUCCCAUGGCACUUCGUUUCCUUUCAGCUUUGUUCAUGAUUGCUUCUGUGGACGGUUUGUUCUAAAAUCUGAAUUCUUCGUUUAGCUUCGAGUGCGUUCCAAGUUUUUAACUAUAACGCGAACGUUUUAGCUUUUUAAAAGCUUAGACGGUAAUUUUCUCCACACUUGCCGUAAAUUUACAACAAUAACAUUUUUAAAAACAAAAAAAUUUCGAUAGUGCCUGUGUUUAAUUAUGUGUUCCCACAGCUCCGAAAUUUCAAAUGACAGGUUCAGUCGGCAGUUAGAUCGUUUCCAACAAGCUAGUUAAGUGUGACGUUUGAAUAUAUAAAGUUCUCUUUUGAUGUGA